UUUGUGGCUCGUGUGUCUAAAACGGGGCUAUUUUGAGCAGGGAUCAUAGCGGCUACCUUGCACAAUUGGUAGUACCCAGUGCAUGCUAGUGGUAUUCCAGUCCGAGGAAAAGUAACGUUGGUUCGCUCAGAAACAACCUCAUCAGCUCCAUGGUAGCGGGCCAGCAGCACACUGCCACUCCGUGUGAAAAGCUGAGUGUCUCGAUCACUGGUGACACAGUAGCCGAUUUCAUUGAAAUUCAAUCCCAUACACUCGCGGCUAGCUGUACCGAUAAUAUCAAUGCUACUAUUUCCUUAUUGCUGAGAGUAGUGGAAGGAUCACUGACCAGACCACCGAUGUACACUGUACUUAUCUGGAAGCACUCAGCCACGCAUCCAAGAUGGCAGAAGGUGGCGCAGAACGAAUUCACCUAACGUCGCAGGCAGUUGCUGAUGUUGAAGCAUACUUGGAGUACAAACGGAUAGUUGGAGAUGCCGACAAAGACCUACCUGGAGGUAUCAUGACACCUGAGCAAUACGAACAUUUCAAGAAGACGGUUGUGGUGGAUCGCAUCAAGAAUCGACUCUUUGUCAGUUGGACCAAUCCUGAUGGAAUGGACUGCAAGCUGGUGGGCCCUGAAACACCUUGCUUUUGUGGACACAGGUACAAAGCUCACCGAUCGGACUACAAUGACCUACCGCCGCAUCCCAUUCCAGUGCCAUGCCAGGAGAGAGGCUGCAGGUGUAGGUCAUACCGCUACCUUCCCAGCGUGGUCGGCACUCAGCCGCCGCGCUGCACUUGCAAGCACACGGCCGAAGAGCACGAUGCGCGGGCACCACACGCGUGCAAGCGUUCCGGCAAUGCCUGUGCCUGCCGCGCAUACCGCACGUCUUACCGCUGCGAGUGCGGACACACCACUGCAGACCACGCGAUGAUCGUGGAGACGCGCGAGGAGCGCUUGGAGAGGGGCAAGCCGGUCGGCAAGGUAGUGCCCUACGCGGCCAUGGGCGGCAUUACAGGCUUCAGCUCGCUGAUCGAUGGCUACCGUCGUCUUGACGAUAGCGGGAUCGGCGCACCGUCGGCAGAGGAGCUACGAUCUCCGAUGCCGGCCGAAUGCAAGUACUUCAUGCCACCGUCGCAGCUGCAGGCGCAGCCAGCACAGCUCCACAGUUCUACAGCUAGGCGCGCAAUUCAACCGGAUCGCCGUCACGCAGCCGCAAGCGGUCAGCCUGCGGGAUCAAUGCCGACUGUAAAGUCCACGCAUGGCAGCCAGCACACAACUGCCACAAAACCAACUGGCCAUUCCCGGAAGUAACCAAGUGCUCUCCGCGUACUAGUACCUACGAUCAUCGCGGCUAACUAUGGUAAUCUAGUUGUGGAUGGUCUACUAUGCUAAUAGAAUUAUAGGCACAGUGGUACGUGACUGUGACUCAAGCGCGAUUGAAUCCCAUUGAGCAGCAUUGUACUGUACUAACUUUGGUGGCUUUGCGACGCCAUGCCAUGCCUCAGUCUCAUGGCAUGCAUUUCUGUCCAUUCAGUGAUGACGCCUUUUAAUCGGAAUUAUGAUUUGAGCAGACUUGUUUUGCACAAAUGACGCCAUAUAGCACAGCAGCUCACCUUCCGGCAGAUUCUCACAAAAUAACUCCUGACUUCGAGUCGGCUUUAGCGAUUGUUGUACUUCAACUUCGAAGAACUAGUGUGUACAUGUAUCUCAGACUGCAUCCUACCAACUGUACCAUUUUUUUUGUAAAGAGAAAAAGGACCUAUAAGUUACUACAAGUAGUUAUGACUUUUUUCCUUUCUUUUUUAAUUAGCCACUGCAUGUGCAGCUCCCAAGCAGUUCUGAGCUCAGGCUAGCUAAGCAAAUGGUCUGCUGGCAUUUGUACCGGCAUUGGCAUUACCGCCGUGAUUCUCAUCAGGCUUAUCACAAAUGGGGAUUCACCGCUGGCUGUGAUGACCCGUUCCAUUCCGUAGAAAGACACUGAUAAUUGUUAUGACCUGA